AUGACCAAUGCACGCGAGGGCAGCGGUCGGCGCGCAUGGAAUAGGGUGGCAUUCACUGACUGGCUUCGCAACUCUUCCCACCCCCUAUUUUAUUCAAUUGGAAACCAAUGUCUCAAGACUCCUUUACAGCAUUACCCCACUACCGCCAUGACGCCUGCUACUAGCACGCUUUUGAGGAUGCCUCUCACACUAUUCGUAUUAUUGUUCCCGCACCCAGCAUGGGCCGAUUCAGAGUCUGGUGGAAGUAUCUCGCUUCCGCUGUGGGGCUACAUCAUCAUAGUGAUCUACAGAAUUUAUGGAUUUCUUGAAAGAGUUCAUCGAUCUUUUGCAAGGCUUCUGAAGAAAGAUGCCAACAAAAACCAAGGAACCAUCCCCGUUCAUCUUCCUCCUCAUCUACAAGUUCUACCUCCCCCUCCCGUCCACUCUUACGCUGAAAGCAUUGCGGACUAUCAAUCUAGCCUUAGCAGCAUCAGUUAUGCUAGUAGAUCUGACCUUGAGGCAUCCAGCACUCCGUCUCUGGAGAGGACAGUCAGCAGCGCUAGUAAUGACGGAGUUUUUAUAGCGAUCAAUCCGUUAUAA